GUAUUCCAUUUCUCUCCCCGUCGUCUUCCAUUUCCCCCUAUCUAUACGGCGAAGCCCUAGAAAGUUUGUCCCAAACAAUCCUGAGCUUUUUCCGCCAUCGGCUUUGGAUUUCCUCGCGAAUUCUGUCAAUCGGGGCAAGGGACAUUUCAUUAACGGGUUUCGUUGCGAUUGUGAAUUGAUUCUAAAAUUCAAGGGGAACUGCAGAGUUUCGUUUUAUUAUCGUGUAUGUGAUUAGGUAUGGGUAGGGUUAACAACGAAACCACUAGCCCUUCAUCUACGGCAUCCUCUUCCAUCACAGAGACAGUCAACGGGUCCCAUCAGUUUAAGAUUACUGGGUAUUCUCGUUCAAAGGAGAUUGGGAUCGGGAAGUAUAUAGCUUCUGAUACUUUCAUGGUCGGUGGUUAUGCAUGGGCGAUCUACUUUUAUCCAGUUGGGAAGAGUGAAGAAGACAAUGCAACUUAUGUCUCUCUGUUCAUUGCCCUGGCCAGCGAGGGAACAGACGUGAGGGCUCUCUUUGAGUUGACCCUUUUGGACCAGAGCGGCAGGGAGAGACAUAAGGUUCACAGCCAUUUCAAUAGGGCUUUGGAGAGUGGUCCAUAUGCUCUUAAAUACCGUGGAAGCAUGUGGGGUUACAAACGUUUUUUCAGAAGAACUCUUCUAGAGACAUCAGACUACCUAAAAGAUGAUUGUCUGUCAGUUCAUUGUAGUGUUGGUGUUGUCAAAUCACAGACUGAGGGCCAGAAGGUCUAUUCUAUACCAAUACCACCAUCUGACAUUGGUCUGCAAUUCGGGCAGCUUCUGGAAAGUGCUAAGGGAACCGACGUGAACUUUGAAGUGGAUGGUGAGGUAUUUUCUGCCCAUAAGUUGGUCCUUGCAGCUCGCUCACCUGUUUUCAGGGCUCAACUUUUUGGUCCCAUGAAGGAUGAGAACACAAAGGGCAUACAAGUGGAAGAUGUGGAGGCACCAGUUUUUAAGGCAUUGCUUCAUUUUAUGUAUUGGGAUGUCUUGCCUGACAUGGAAGAACUUACUGGUUUAAACUCAAAGUGGGCUUCUACUUUGAUGUCACAACAUCUUCUUGCUGCUGCUGAUCGUUAUGGUAUGGAGAGGCUGCGAUUGUUAUGUGAGACUAGUCUGUGCGAGGAUGUUGCCAUAAACACUGUUGCAACAACAUUAGCCCUGGCCGAGCAGCAUCAUUGUAUACAAUUGAAAUCUGUUUGUCUUAAGUUUGUAGCCUUGCCUGAGAAUCUUAGAGCUGUGAUGCAGACAGAUGGGUUCCAGUAUUUGAAGGAAAGCUGCCCUUCUGUUCUAACUGAGCUCUUGGAGUAUGUGGCUAGGAUCAGCGAGCACUCUGGUGUUGCCAUCAAACAUGGAAACGAGGUUUUCGUAGAUGGUAGCGAUGUCAAUGGUAGACGCGUGAGACAAAGGUUAUUAUAGUUGCCUUUUGCUUUUUCCUAGGGGUAGAAGCAUUUGCAGGCAUCAGAAUUUAGUACUACCUAUAAAAAAUAUGAGAGAUGUAAAUUUAGUUUUUCAUUUCUUUGUAUGAUUGCCUGUCAUGAAAAGGAUACUAUUUUGGUAGUCCACUUGUCUGAAAACGUUGUCGUUUUCCCUCCGAUAUCUUGGUUGGGGGGUUUUGGAAUGGUGUUGUUGUUUGUGUAUGAUGUCUGGCUUGGAUUGGUGUAUUGACUUUAAGUCAAUUGGAAACUAAAUAUAGAAGUUAUAUAAGAUUUCAUGUACAUUGUUGGUGUA